AUGAAUCUGCGAGGAGCAUCUAAUACCAGGAGCUAUUUGCGAGUGUUUACCAGUACGAGAAAGGGAAGCAGCGUGAAACUCGCAAGCCCAUGGCCCGCACGCGCUGGUCUCAUGAUGGACGCGCUAUCUCUCAUCGGCGACCAGCCGGAGAGCUUUGAAGUCGGCAGCUCAGACAAGCUCGCGAAGAAGCGCAGAUUUUGCUCCUAA